AUGAAACUUGUCAUUUAUAUUCGUGAAGCUAAUCAGUGCUUUAGAAACUUCACUCAUCGAUGCCUGACUUCACUUCAAAGAGAACUGCUGAGUUUUGUAGGCGAAGGAUCAGAGAAGUUACUUGAACAAUACUGCACUCCUGGAACUGAGCUGAGAGCUAGUUAUCUCAGACAUGCACCGUGCCUUCAAAAUGCAAAUCAUGAGCAGAAAAAAUGCUUAACUGAUAUACAAGCUGCUUUAGAAGCCAUUGGAAAUGCGGCUUUUGAUAAGCGUAUCCCUAUCAGCUGCUGUGCAUAUCAACGAUAUCUCUCUUGUGCCAAAAGCACUGUUGAAAACAAAUGUGGUAAAGCAGCUGUAGACUUUAUGCAAUUAUUAUUAAGAAUGGCUGCUUCAAGAUUACCUGACAUAAUAUGCUCUGGAUACGGAACUCAAAAUAAAGAAUGCCUGACGCUCCUACCAAAAGAUGGAACAGCUCCAGAAGGUUCUAGAUCAGAAUCCGUUCUCUCUCGUUUGUUUGCUGCAUAUCUUGGAAAUUAAUCAUUAUUUUUUCAAUUUAAACAUAAAUAUCUAUAACAUUAAUCGUUUAGAAAUAUCAUUUAGUUAAUUAGUUAGGUUCACUUUUUCAAAUCACAUUUCAUGAAACUUGUCAUGUAAAUCACUCCAAUAUUUUAAAACUUUU